AUGCGCAAAGACGGUGUAGGAGACGCGAGGCAAGAGCACGCUCUGAAACGGCAGCGGUUGCUUGGUACACGGGCAAGUGAGCGCGAGAUCGUCGAAAGUGAUGUGCAGUUGGGCAACUCUUGUCUGGGCUUUUACCUCAACCAGAUGGACGUCGUCGACGACGGGCGGAACGGUGCACAUGCACCAUACGUCGUGAGCCUCGCCGAGUUGUUCCAGGAUGGGCGUCUGCUCCGGGGCUGCUCUUCAGGGACGUGCCCGGUGAGCCGCAGCGGGCCCUCGAGUGACGGUGCUGCUCCGCGGCGAGUCUCGCGGGAGCCGUUUCCGGGCAUCACAGACGCACUGCUCGCAAACUUCGUCGCGGACUAUGACGCGAGCUUCUUCUUCGACCAGUGCCCGUCCCUGUACCAAACGACGGGACAGCUCGUAUUGAUCACCGGGGAUGCACCGUCGCGGAUAGCAGCGCUUCGAGGCUGGGUUCGGGAUCACCUGCAUGCCCUGGCUGAACGCACGCGAGUCCUAGGCGUAUCGGGGCUGUUCAGCGGACGCGCUCCAAGUGCAUGCGAACAGGGUCCAGACUCGUUAAGUGCCCGCGUCGAUGGCGCUGGUGGUGGUGGCGGCGGCGUCCAUCACAGCAAGUUUAUGAUUCUACGCUUGCGAGACGAUCGGGUUCGCCUCGUGAUUCAUACAAGUAACGACAUCGCAUACGACUGGUUUUUCAAAUGUCAAGGAAUAUUUGCCGUGGAUUUGCCGCUGCGCGGAGCUGGCAGCGCAUCCCCGAACACCGGCUUUUGUGCGGAUCUCCAGCAGUAUUUGGGUGCGUAUAUCCGGGCCGGCGAACGGGCCCUGCACGGCGGCGUGACGAGCGCUCGACGUUUCGGGACGAUGGUUGCCCCGGGAGAUGCGGCGUCUCUCGUAGACGCUGUGUCGCAUUUUCGUCGGCUCAUGACGUGUUGCGAUUACAGCGCUGUGGACGGAGUUCGUCUGGUAUCAUCGGUGCCCGGUUGGCAUCGAAUCUCGGGGCAGAGCAGAACGAGUCAAACGAGCCGGACCGCAUCUCAUGCUGUGUGUGCGUUCGGACAUCUACGCUUAGCAAAUCUGGUUGCUUCGAGCUUGCGCCAUUGUACAGAGGCGGCCCGGCACCCGAAUUCGCUCGCUUUCGUGUUGCAAGGCAGCUCGCUUUCGUCCGUGGAUGCUCGUUGUCCAAGAGCCGCCUCGGAGACGCUUGCUCGUUACUGGCUUACAUCGGAGCUCUUCCGAUCGCUCUGUGGUGGUGAUGGUGGUGGUGGUGGUGUUGGCGAGGAAUCGGUGUUCGCGAAGCUUGCUGAGGGAUCAGCUCAAGUGUAUUUGGUAUGGCCGACCAGAACUCAGGUCCUGACAAGCAUCGUCGGCAUCGACAGCGGCAUGGGUUUGAUUGCCCGCGCGCAAGCGUUUCUGGAUCCAGAAAUCCGUCAGCUACUGACUCGCUGGAAUGCUGACUGGUGUGCGCGAACCAGUGUCAUGCCGCACAUGAAGACGAUCAGUUGCUGGGACACUCGGACUGACCAAUGUCUCUACUGCUACCUGGGCUCAGCGAAUGUAACACCCGCUGCCUGGGGAAUUACCCAGAAGCAGGGAAGUCUCCUGCGCUGCAUGAACUGGGAGCUUGGUGUGCUGUUCACUAGCGGAUAUCUGGCGACUCCCAAACUGUACAGAGAACUGCGACACUAUGCAGACAGGUCGAAUGAGCGAGAGCUCAACGAGCCGCGUUCUAUUAUCCUGCUCCCCCUGCCGUACACCCCAGGUGCUUGCGCCGGCGCUCGGUACCAGGAGCGUCUGGACCAACCCUGGUCCAGUGAUGCCAUGAUCUGA